AUGGCUUCGAGCAAUUCUAUUAUGUUUGAUCAAGAAGAUAUUCAAAAUAGUAAAGAUAAUGUACUUUAUGCUGAAGAUCCAUCUGAAAUUCCUGUUACUUUAAGAGAAAUACCAAAGAUAAAAUAUCCAAGUAAUGUUAUAUUUUGGGGUAGAAUUUCUAUGAAAGGUUUAAUAUUAAGCGAUGGUUCUAUUAAUUUUACUGAAUGA